UGUUACCUAAUUCUAUACCAGUCAGUCUGCCUGUGUCAGAGCCACCAAGCAGUCAUCGCUCCAGAUGGACAGAUCUUUGCUCUGUGUGCUGCUAGCUACUGCGCUCCUGCUCUGUAGCUCCGCCCCAGUGGACAGACAUGGCGAGUCAGAUGCUCACUGCCCAUUGAUGGUGAAGAUUUUGGACGCAGUGAAGGGCAUACCGGCAGGCUCCGUGGCUCUGAAAGUCUCCCGACAAGACGCUAAUGGAAUGACCUGGGCACAGGUGGCUAGUGGAGUGACAGACGUGACGGGUGAGGUGCAUAAUCUGAUCUCAGAGCAGGACUUUCAGUCGGGGGUGUACCGUGUGGAGUUUGACACUAAGGCCUACUGGAAGUCUCAGGGAACCACACCAUUCCAUCAGACAGCAGAAGUGAGAACCCUCAACACAACAUUCUCAAUAUUAUGUGGUGUUCGAGGCUCACGCAGAGGGCCAUCGUCACUACACCCUGGCUCUGCUGCUGAGUCCCUUCUCAUACACUACUACAGCAGUCGUGAUGAAUGCCCACGAGUGACACUCACACCAGCACACAUACCCACCGGAACAAGCUAACCAAUUAAAGAGCUGUUAAAUGACUAAA